GCUGCCGACGUGGGGCUGCCGGACGCAGGCUGUUCGGGUUCGGGGUGCGGGUGCGGAGCGGGCGGCGGGGGAUGGGGGGGCUGCGGCUCCUGGCGGUGGCCCUCACGUGCUGCUGGUGGCCGCAGGGCAGCCAGGGUAAGACCCUGCGGGGCAGCUUCAACAGCGCGGCAGCCCGAGAGGCUCAGGGCCAGAGCAUCGGCCACUUUGCGUUCCACGGUGACCAUGCUCUUCUGGGUGUCAGAAUCAACAACGUAGCAGUGGCUGUUGGAAAAGAAGCUAAACUCUACCUGUUCCAAGCCCAGGAGUGGCUAAAGCUGCAGGAAAACAAUCCUGGUUAUAGUUGUAGUGAAAAAUUAUCUAGAGCUCAGCUAACAAUGACAAUGAACCAGACUGAACAUAAUCUGACAGUGUCCCAGAUUCCGUCUCCACAAACGUGGCAUGUGUUUUAUGCAGACAAGUAUACAUGCGGAGACACUGGGGAGACUCCUCAGGUGGAAGAUAUCCCAUUUGAAAUGGUGUUGCUAAAUCCAGAUGCCGAAGGGAACCCAUUUGACCAUUUUAGUGCUAGAGAAUCUGGGUUACAUGAGUUCUUUUUCCUCCUAGUCCUAGUGUACUUUGUGAUUGCUUGCAUUUAUGCUCAAUCAUUGUGGCAGGCUAUUAAGAAAGGAGGACCCAUGCACAUGAUUUUAAAGGUUCUGACAACUGCAUUGCUGUUACAAGCUGGUUCAGCUUUAGCUAAUUACAUUCAUUUCUCCAGGUACUCAAAGGAUGGAAUAGGGGUACCUUUUAUGGGAAGGUUGGCAGAAUUUUUUGAUAUUGCUUCCCAAAUCCAGAUGUUAUAUCUCCUUCUGAGUCUGUGCAUGGGCUGGACAAUAGUCAGAAUGAAAAAGUCUCAAAGCAGACCUCUCCAGUGGGAUUCUACCCCUGCGUCCACCGGCAUUGCAGUGUUCAUUGUCAUAACCCAGAGUAUUUUACUACUUUGGGAACAGUUUGAAGAUGCCAGUCAUCAUAGCCCCCAUUCACACCACAACUUAGCGGCGAUCCUUCUAAUCGUCUUAAGAAUCUGCCUAGCCCUGUCAUUAGGCUUUGGACUGUAUCAGAUUAUCACAGUGGAGAGAAGCACUCUCAAAAGAGAAUUCUAUAUCACAUUCGCCAAAGGCUGUAUCUUAUGGUUUUUAUGCCACCCGAGUCUAGCGUGCAUUUCUGUCAUUUUUAGUGACUACCAAAGAGAUAAGGUUAUUACAGUAGGUGUUAUCCUCUGCCAGUCUGUCUCCAUGGUUAUUCUCUACAGACUCUUCCUAUCCCACAGUCUCUACUGGGAAGUUUCCUCGCUUUCCUCAGUGACCCUGCCACUGACCAUAUCAUCCGUGCACAAAAGUCGGCCUCACUUCUGAGAGUUUUUGUUCAAAGAAGAAAUGAAUUGGUUGAAAGGAUGCAAUAAGGAUCCAAAUACAAUGACUCUUUUUUUCAUACAUUUGGUAUGAAAAAUUCAACAGUGAAAGUAAAGCAUGUUAUUUAUAUAACUGCAUUUAAGCAGUACCAAAACUUAAGGUAAUAAGUGAAAUGGUUUGAAAUAUACUUAAACAAUAAACUUUCAAGAAAGAGUGUUGUGAUAAGGUGGUUGAAAGACUUUCCAUAUGGAAAUAAUUGUGAAAAAGAGUUUCUCUUCUUUUCUUUCUUUUUUUUUUUUUUGUUUUGUGAGAUGGGGACUUGCUAUGUAGAGGGGUACCUGGACACCUUUGUAUCCAGGCUGGCCUUGAACUCAGGUAGAGCAGGCUGACCUUGAACUCAUGGUAGUCCUCCUGCCUCAGCUUCCUGAGUGCUGAGAUUACAAGUCUGUGCCACCACGCUUGAAAGGAAUUAUAUUACCCUUUGGUAAGAUACUCACUACUCAUAAUGCCUCAUAUCCAUAGGUAACUCAGGCUUGAUGGUCUUUUUAAAAGUAAUCAGUUAAAUGAUUGCUUGCUUAUACAUACCUAAACAUCCAGUUAUGAAAUCAGUGUAAUACACUGAUUCUACAAACUACUUCUUUUUGAUGCUUUAAAAGGAAUGCAUUUCAUACUAGAAUUUAAAAGAAUAGAGAAUAAAAUUUAUGAAAUGAAUAUAAAAUUUUCCCAAUUAGAUGAGUAAGCUUUUAUUUGUGAGUGGGAUUAUUCUCCAAUUUUUUUCUUUCAUUUUUGGCUCUAGUUAGGUUUUAGCGUGACUAGCAAAGGAUUUUUGACAAAUAAUUUAUGAAAAAUAAAACUUAGGUACAUCACAUUGGUUGUAAGGACAAAGGAUUUUAAAACCUAAGAACUUAGGUGAAGGGACAAGUAGGUUUAUGUUUUAAAAAAAGGAACUAUAUGAUAUGCUGCUAAAAUGCUUAAUCCUGAUAUAAUUCAUUUCUCUUACAUGGAAUCCCCAAUCAUAAUUAAGCCGUAUACGCAGAUUAAAUUAACAGAAGCAUUUCACAUAAAUGUUGGUUUCAGUCAUCAACUACCCAUGAAUUCCUGCCCAAGGAUACUUAAUCAGGAUUAAAUUUUCUAUGAAUAAUUGAAAAACAAAAUACUCACUGGAUUUGUUAUAAUCCGUGUUGGCACUGGAUUCUAAGCAGCUGCCAUCUUGAAUCCUUUGUAAUAAAGCCAUAUUUCUGUGUGUGUGUGUGUGUGUGUGUGUGUGUGUGUGUGUGUGUGAUACCCCUGUAUUGAGUAUGCUAGUUAAAAAAUACUCCUAUCAAGUGCCUCAUUAGAGAUUGCUAUGCGCUGGUUAAUACCUAUUGUAUAAAAUAUAUAGUCCCAUUAAUAUUUACUGAUUUGAAAUUAUUUGGUUGCCCUUUGUCAAGUUGUUCAAGCAUUUUUAAUUUUAUCUCUGAUUUAUUUAAAAUAGACUUUAUCUGCUUAUUACACUUUUAAGGAAGAAAUGACACAAUGCUCUGGUAAUGAAGCCAUUUCAUUAGAUACUUAAAAUAAUGUAUCGCAA